GCGACGUAUUGCAUAUUCCCCUCUGCCCACCUUCUCCAACCCUUUGCUUUCUCACAUAAUAUAUGCGCAACUGUUUGAACUGUAUGCCAGACACCUCACCAUGUCAGAGGAGAAACAAACCGAAUACGUAACCCUCGUGUCCUGCGACGGCUUCGAAUUCAAGAUCAAGCGGUCCGCCGCCAUUCUCGCGGGCGCGAUCAAGAACAUGCUCGACCCUAACAGUCGGUUCCAGGAGGGUCUGACUGGCCGGUGCGAGUUUGAGAAUAUCAAUGGUCUUGUCCUGGAUAAAGUGUGCGAGUAUCUCUAUUAUAAUGAGAAGCACAAGGAUGCGAAGGAUAUGCCGGAUCUGGAUAUUCCGCCGGAGCUGUGUCUUGAACUGCUCAUGGCGGCGGAUUACUUGAAUGAGAGAGAAAGAGAGAAAGAAACAAAUAGCAUGAGAAGGCGUUAUGACAAGGGGCGUGAUUUUUUGGCUACAUUCUGGCGUUUCCGAUGA